AUGAGACGCUACAAGCUCUUUCUCAUGUUCUGUAUGGCUGGCCUGUGCCUCAUCUCCUUCUUACACUUCUUUAAGACCUUAUCCUAUGUCACCUUCCCCAGAGAACUGGCUUCCCUCAGUCCUAACCUUGUAUCCAGCUUCUUCUGGAACAAUGCCCCUGUCACUCCUCAGGCCAGUCCGGAGCCGGGCGGCCCCGACCUGUUGCGGACCCCACUCUACUCCCACUCCCCCUUGUUACAGCCACUGUCCCCCAGCAAGGCCACCGAGGAAUUGCACCGUAUGGACUUUGUGUUGUCUGAAGACACCACUGAGUAUUUUGUGCGCACCAAAGCCGGUGGUGUUUGCUUCAAACCAGGUACCAAGAUGCUGGAGAAACCUUCAGGGCGCAGAGAAGAGAAGCCUGAGGUGGCUGAGGGCUCCUCUGCCCGGGGCCCCGCUCGGAGGCCCAUGCGGCACGUGUUGAAUACGCCAGAGCGCCUGGGUAGCCGGGGCACUAGGCGCAAGUGGGUUGAAUGUGUGUGCUUGCCAGGCUGGCAUGGACCCAGCUGUGGGGUGCCCACCGUGGUGCAGUAUUCCAACCUACCCACCAAGGAGCGCCUGGUACCCAGGGAAGUGCCGAGGCGGGUUAUCAAUGCCAUCAAUAUCAACCAUGAGUUCGACCUGUUGGACGUGCGUUUCCACGAGCUGGGCGAUGUGGUGGACGCUUUCGUGGUGUGCGAGUCGAACUUCACCGCCUACGGGGAGCCACGGCCGCUCAAGUUCCGAGAGAUGCUGACCAAUGGCACCUUCGAGUACAUCCGACACAAGGUGCUCUAUGUCUUCCUGGACCACUUCCCACCCGGUGGCCGGCAGGAUGGCUGGAUUGCAGACGACUACUUGCGUACCUUCCUCACCCAGGAUGGUGUCUCCCGCCUGCGCAACCUGCGGCCGGAUGAUGUCUUCAUCAUCGAUGAUGCAGACGAAAUCCCUGCGCGUGAUGGUGUGCUGUUUCUCAAGCUCUAUGAUGGCUGGACGGAGCCCUUCGCCUUCCACAUGCGCAAGUCCCUGUAUGGCUUCUUCUGGAAGCAACCGGGCACACUGGAGGUGGUGUCGGGCUGCACUGUGGACAUGUUGCAGACCGUGUAUGGACUGGAUGGCAUCCGCCUGCGCCGCCGCCAAUACUACACCAUGCCCAACUUCCGGCAGUAUGAGAACCGCACAGGCCACAUCCUCGUGCAGUGGUCCCUCGGCAGCCCCCUGCACUUUGCGGGCUGGCAUUGCUCCUGGUGCUUCACACCCGAGGGCAUCUACUUCAAGCUUGUGUCGGCUCAGAAUGGUGACUUCCCACGCUGGGGUGACUAUGAAGACAAGAGAGACCUCAAUUACAUCCGCAGCUUGAUUCGCACUGGGGGCUGGUUCGAUGGCACACAGCAGGAGUACCCUCCCGCAGACCCCAGUGAGCACAUGUAUGCUCCCAAAUACCUGCUCAAGAACUAUAACCAAUUCCGCUACCUGUUGGACAACCCUUACCAGGAGCCAAAGAGCACUGCGGGGAGUGGUCCCCGGAACCUGGGCUCCGAGGGAAGGUCAUCAUCUGCCAGGGGCAGGUUGGAUACAGUGGAGGGCUAG